AUGACGGCGACUACCACGACUACAAGUGGCGAGGGGGGGUAUAAAAGAAAACACUUCGUCUCCGCGGAGAUCAAUCCCGCGGAGACGAAGCAGCUGUGCCGCCAGCUGCCGAAUCGCCGCCGGCCGCCGCCGCUCUCCCGCGCGCUGCCGCUGUCGCUCGCGCCACCGCCUCCGCCGCCGUCUCCGCUGCUGCCGGGCGCCACCGCCUCCGCCAUCGCGCCGCCGACCGCGCGCCGCUCGAGCCGCCCGCGCGCCCACCGCUUGCCACCGUCGCCGCCCGCGCUGUCCGCCACCGCGCUGUCCGCCACCGCUGCCGCCUACGCCCGCCCACCGCUCAGCGGCCGCCUUCUCGCCGUCCGCCGCGCCUCGCCACUCUGCCGGCUGCCGGCCACGCUCACCUCCGCCGCGAAUCAAACCGCCGACGCACUGGCUCAAAAACUUGAGCAAAGUGAGGCGGCUCGCAAGAAAGCCGAACUCGCUGCUAGCAAAGCCAAGGUCGAAGCUGAUGAAGCUAAGGCGAAAGCUGCUGGUGUCGAGGAACUGCAGAAGAAACUUGAGGAUGCGACAGCUGCCUUGGAUGAGCACAAAGCUGCACAAGCUUCUCGUGACGAAGGAAUCCUCAAGCGUUUGAAGUCGCAAAGUCGACGUACUCUGACCCAAACAAACCAGGAUUUUGAUCUGGAUAAUCCUGUCAACGAUCCUCUCCUUGACGCACUUUCUCUUCUGGAGUUUCACGGGCGCGAAAUUCGUGAAGGCGUGGCAAAUGCUAAUGCAGGAUUGUCAGCGUUGUUCCCUUAUUUCUUCCCGAAGAAAGAGGAACCCGCAACUUUCCUUAACCUCGCCAAGAUGUUUAAUGCUUCGGAAGACCUGGGAUUGAAGAUGCGUCAGGAGAAUAUGAAGGUUGUCUGUCGAGAGUACUCGUUGCCCCGGUUGCCGAUAGCCAACGGACGCUUGAUUGGAUGA